AUGGCAAUGGUCGCGGACCAGUCCUAUAACAUGUUUCCUCGACCUAAUCACGAGCAAGACUUCAUGCUCUACCCAGAACCACCCACUCAGACUAGCUACGCCUCGCCAGCAAUGGGCAUGGGCAUGAGCCCUGACAGCUUCGCCUUCUCGAGAGGCGCACACGACGACUUCCCGCAACAUUCAGGAUUCGAAGGUCCAGUUUACCCAGGCGCCUCCAGCUUCAUGUACAACGGGAGGACGUCGCCCAGCAUGUACCCAGACGAUGGCGAAGUGCGGAUCCCGCCCUCCAACCUGUCAACUGCUUCAGCACCAUCGGCGCCCUCGUCGACAGUCGGGUCGCCCAACUCGAGUCACGGCCAGUUGGCCUUCAUUCCGGAAUACCAACAGUCUGGGCUUGUUGUCAACCCCGGCAUCGUUGGCGGAGGCGAAUACUUCACAGGCACCGAGUACUCGGGCUUCCUGGGACAAGGUAUGGAAGAAUUCAUGGCCUUUGAUAACAAAUCCACUUUCGUUGAUCCUUCCCUAAUCCACCCUGAAAUUCGCGGCCCAAUGGCACCACCAAUGCCGGGGUACGAAAACGCCAACAACUUCUCGCCUCAGAACCAUCAUCUCAACUCACCCGCCGUCUCCGGUGCCACAUCCCCUGCGCCCGCGAUGAGGAAUGGGAGUCAAUCGCCUUAUCUUCAUGGCUACCACCAGCAAUACAGCCCGUUCGCUGUGCCACCGCCAGCACCCCGGCGACAGAGCCUCUCCUCGUAUCGCUCGCACGGUUCGCACGAACAUUUUUACAACAGCGACGAGUCGGAGAAGAAGCAAAGAUGCCCACACCCAGACUGUGGUAAGACUUUCAAGGACCUGAAAGCGCACAUGUUGACGCAUCAGACGGAGCGGCCUGAGAAGUGCCCGAUCCAGACAUGCGAUUAUCACGUCAAGGGCUUCGCGCGAAAGUACGACAAGAACCGGCACACGCUGACGCACUACAAGGGAACCAUGGUUUGCGGGUUCUGUCCAGGCUCGGGGUCCGCCGCCGAGAAGUCGUUCAACCGAGCGGACGUCUUCAAGAGGCACCUGACGGCGGUCCACGGUGUAGAGCAGACACCCCCCAACAGCAGGAAGAAGUCAGGCUCGGCCAACAGUGCCAAGCAGCUGUCAGGCUAUGCGCCAGAUGCUACCGGCAAGUGUUCGACCUGUUCGGCAACCUUCUCCAACGCUCAAGACUUCUACGAGCAUCUGGACGACUGUGUUUUACGCAUCGUCCAACAAGAAGACCCCGCCGAGGCGAUCAAUGCGAAGCGCCUGGCCGAGGUUGAGAAUGACAUGGAUGUCCACCAGACCUUGGAGAAGAACCAGUUGCCGCUGACGACACAGACUGUGGUGAACUCGGAUGAGGACGAUGACGACGAGAUGGCGGAUGACGAUGACCCGCUGGACGAGGAUUUCAAGGCGAGGAAGCUGACCUCGCCCACCAAGAAGAAGGGCAAUCCUGCCAAUGGCGUCCAAAAGUCGCGGGGCAUGACGCAUUCGCGGGGUGGCGUGCCUCCGUCUGCGAAGACCAAGGGUCGCAAGAACCGACGCGAUUACCCGUCGUCAUGGGGGUUUGACAAGGGUCAGAUGACCAUGAAGAAGCGGGUGAUGACCGUGUUCGACGGCCCUCGCCGUCUCGCCAAGGAUGACAUGAUGCUCUCGACGGAACACGAGGUUCGUGUCAAGCUGUCGGACGGCGAGUCCUAUGUCACGGACCUGGAUGUCAACACACUCCAACGCGCCCAGGGCUUCCUCGAUGCGACAGAGCAGGAGAAGGGCAUCUGGAUCUCAGACGACCCUACCGAGGAGGAUAUGAAGCGCAUGUUGGCGAUGAGCCAGCAGUAA